GUAGUGUUGGUUUUAACUUUACUGGCUAUGGAUUAUUAUUUUGUCAGAAUAUAUAGGACGCCUUAUUAUUAGAAAGCCUUCAUAAGAUGGUUAAAGUUUAUUGUACGGUAUGUCAUAAACGAUGUAAAGGUGAUGUAUUGAAAAUUGAACAACAAUUUGUUCAUUAUAAAUGUUUUCAAUGUAUCAAAUGUCGUAAAAAUUUAAAACAAGGUGGAUUUUUUAUUAAAGAUAAAAAAUUCUAUUGUCCAAAUGAUUAUCAAAUAGAAUUUGGUGUAAGAUGUGAAACAUGUCAAAGUUAUGUAGAAGGUGAAGUUGUUACAGUAUUGGGGAAAACUUUUCAUACUCAUUGUUUUCGUUGUACAACAUGCAGACGUUUAUUCAAUUCAGGUGAACGAACUACCAUCGUGGAUGGAUCUUAUUAUUGUAUGUCAUGUUCAUCAAAUCUUACAAAUGGUGAUGUACUGCAUAAAACUGUUGAUGGUAAAGCUCGUGAUAGUAGUGCUGCAGCUGCUACUGUUACCAAUGGCUCGAAUGGUGUCUGUUCUACUUCAUCUUCUCCAUCAUCUAAUUCUCCUUCAUCAAAAUCAGAUCACUUCAAUCCAUUAUCGUUGUCAACAUCUGGUCAUCAAUCACAAACAUUACCUACAAUAAGAACUUCUCCCACUUCUACACCGAUACGUCAUCCAGUUAAUCAUACUGAUGGUAAUAACACUCAAAAUCAUAAUCAUUAUCAACAAAAUCUCAUUUCUGACGCUAAUCUUAAAUCAUUUACAUCUCUUAAUGAUCAACUUAGUGUACAAAUUCAUGAAAAUGGGUGUUCAAUUCCUGGCAGUGAAUACCAUAAACAGAAGUUAGAAGAACAUGGGAUGGGACCAGUAACAAUUGAUACUUUACUAUCUACUACACCUGGACAAACUAUAUCACCUAAUUCAUUUACACCAUCAGCAUGUGAACGACGUAUCUGUCCACCAGGUGUUGAUUAUGGUCGUCAAUAUCCUAUAUCUUAUCUUCAAUUAGCAGAACAAGGUUUUACAGCUAUAAUGAGUAGUGAAGAAUUAAAUCCUAAUGUGAAUAAUGAAAAUAUUGGUCAUCGAUCUAGAUCAUUAGCAAGAUCUAGUAAUUUCAGUUCAUCACAUCAUACACCAAGUCAUCAACAUGUAUCAAGGCGAGAUGUAGUUAGAUCAGCGACAAGUAAUUCUAUGCCGUUCCGACGUUUAAAUGAUAUUGAAUUACAAAAGCAAGUAAAUGGAUGUAGUCCAUCUAAAUUACCAAGUUAUAGUGGUACAUCGAUAUCUGUUGGAGUAUCGAAUACACCAAUUUCACUAACCGGUCGACCUAAACGUGAUAUGUAUGUUCGACAACGUCAACUUUCACCUGGUUCCAGUUCUCUUGGGUCUGGUGUUAUGGGUUAUCGUCGUUCAGAACGAAUGAAUUCAUCUACAUUACCACCAGGCUUAGAAAAUAUUCGCCAAUCAACAGGUCGUUAUUCUUGCCGAUCUACUCCGAAUGUAACUGGGAAACGUGGAAUGACUCAGUUAGCUGAAUCACUUGUUCGACCUCGAGUUGAUCGUACUGCUAGUCCACCAUCUGCUACACUUUAUUGGUCUGAAGCUCGAAGACUUGCUUCUUUUCCAAAUGCUCGUUUACCAGACUCUAAUAGUUUACCGGCUAUAGACAGAUAUGAUUUUCCUGCUCCACCUUCACCGGCUGUUGUUAUGAUUGAUAAACGUCGUGAGAAACGUAUGACUGGUGUACAGUCAGUUGGUGUAGAUAGUAGAAAUGGUACUUUAAGAAAUGGAACAAUGACAUCAGUUGAUACAGAUUGGACUGAUCGGGAUCCUUUAUUAAAUGCUAAACUAGAUCGAAUUGAUGCUGAGAUUGAGACAUUGAAACGAUUAGGUGAAAGUUCCGGUAUUACAGCGGCUCUUAUUCAAGAAUUGGAAGCCAGUAAAUUACAAGUUCAUGAAACAGAUUUAGAUCCGAUAUCUGCAUCACGAUCACCGAAUGCAAAUGUAGAACCUGGUUACAAAACACGAUAUAGACGGCAUGGAUAUACAUCUCCAUCACGUGAUACUAGAAGAGAUCGUCGAAGUGGUCAUAAUUUAUCCUAUCGAUUAGAAUAUUCCAGCACUGGUGGACGUUCAGGAACUAUACCGAGCUUCCCAUCAAGAUACGAUCAUGAGUAUGCAGUCAGACAACAUGGUCAGUAUAUGAGAUCAACUUAUUCAGCUCCACGUCCUGGUUACACUUCUGGAAUACUUUAUGGUCGAGCAGUUAGCUUACCUCGACCAUUUAUCGGUGUAGAAAAUGGUGAUACACUGUUAGAUCAAAAUACAUUGUCUGGACAUGUUCCAGUUGCAAAUUCAGGUAUACGUGGAUCUUUAUCAACAACUCUAAGAACAAUCCCAUCACGUCAUAGUUAUCAUCCAGGUGGACAUUCCAAUCAUUCAGGUGAAGCUAUUAAUGGUCCUGAUCGUACAGUCACUGUAUCGGAAUCACUGAAUACUAAUUUUAUCGAAAAUGAAUCACGUCCAAUUGGUUUUCAUGAUGGAUUAGGUUCAUUAACAACAUCAGGUUUAUCAAUGGAUGGUUUUAUGGCAGAAUCCGGUGAUGAUAUAACUAUUACUAGUCCACAUAAUGGUUAUUUUUUAAAAUCCAGGACUGUAGCUGGUCUGCCUAGUUCUGUAACAGGUCUUCGACCAGUUGGUUUACCACCACAUCAUCCUUAUCAUCAUCAUCAUUACAAAACUAGUAGUUCAGCGAUGAGGCGUGGACGCACUAGUACUCCAGCACCAGCUACAAGUGGUAGUGGUAUGGGUUAUUUGACCGAUCCUGAUCUACUAGAUAUUGAUGCUUAUCCGUCUGUACAAAGUUGGUUAAGGCCUACUGCAUCAUCAUCAUCGAAAUAUGAAAAGUCUUUCAAAAUUUAUCCUUAUGAAAUGUUAAAAUCAUCAUCAAAUCAAUUGUUGAAAGGGGUGGAUCGUACACAAUUAGAGUGUUAUUUAUCAAACGAUGAAUUUGAACGUUUAUUCAAUAUGUGUCCUGAAGUAUUUCAACGUUUACCUGAAUGGAAAAGAAAUGAUUUGAAAAAGAAAUUAGAUUUAUUAUAAUGAAUUCAUUGAAUUAUAAUUAUGAAUAAUAGUUCCCUUAACAACUAUAAAUUAAAUGAUGAUAAAGGAGAAUAAUAAGACUAAAUGAUUAAACUAUUCCAAGAUGUAAUAAAACUAAAUUAUUGAUUUUAUUGAUACAAUAUUUCAAAAUCAAUAAAAUAAAACCACCACCCCUCUUUGUCUGUCAGUUCGUUUCUAAUUAGAUUCUUCUUAUCAUCUUUAUUGAAAUAAUGUUUGAAUAAAACUGAGGAUAUAUAUAUAUAUAUAUAUAUAUCAACUUCUUCUUGCUUUUUUGUUCAUUAUGUGCACAACAUGUUGAUGUUUGUCUUCUGCACUUCAUUGUGUAUGUAUUCUUGAGAAUCAAUAAGAAAUUGUACAAUUUCCAUCAUCAUCAUCAUCAUCAUCAUCACAAUCGAUAUAGAACACUGAUCAUAGAUGCAUUAAAAUUGUUUAACAAAAAGAAAUCAAAAUUAAAUUGAUUCGAUUUUUCUUUUUUUCUUUUUUUUUCUUGUCAAAUUGUAUUGUGUUGUAUUUUUUGUUUCUCUUUUUCUUUUCUCUUUUUUCAUUUUCUUUUUUUUUGUAAAAUAAAAUGUUUUUAUUUUUACAAAAAAGAAUACUGAAUCCAAUUUUUUUUUCUUCGUGUUGUAUUUUGAUUUUACUUCUUUAUUCUAAGCAUUCAAGUUAUUUUAUGGUCAUUGAAAAUGAUUUCUAUAUUUCUAAUGAUCAUUAUUGACACUGUUAGAUAUGAAUAAUUAAUGUAUGAUUGUGUCAAGAUUUCUACAUUGUUUACUAUGAAUAGAAUAACAGCUUGUAAUUCUGUUUGAGUAACUUUAUAAAAAAUGGAGUGGUUAUAUGUGUACAGUGCAUAUUAUUAUUAUUAUUAUAUAAUCUUUAUUAUUAUUACCAUUACUAUUACUAUUAGUAAUGUGCUUCAUCUUAACCCUGGUUUUCAUAGGUAUUUACUCAAUUACUCACAUCGUAUGUGCCUCUCUUCCUAUAUAUAUAUAACUGUAUUUCGUUUGUGAUAACAAGAUGUAUCAACGUUAGUUUCUGUUCUAUGUUGUUUUUUUUUGUUUAGUGUUCUUAAAUUUGAACAAUUGAACUCAUUUCUCCUUUCAUUCAAAGAUCAAUUCUUAUUCUCUCUAUUCUCAACACUUUUGUUUUUAUAUUUUCACAUGAUAACAAACACAUAUAUAUAUAUAUAUAUAUAUAUAUAUAUAUAUAUCGUCAUCGUUUUGUUUGCUUUUGUACAGCUAUUGUUCAAUGUGUUGAGAAUACUACUGAAUAUAUAUAUAUAUAUAUAAUUUCGGUUGAGUAAACUAUAGAUCUAUUUCUUUUAUUUUUAAACAAAAUAAACAAUUUCAUUUCAUCUUAAAGGAACUUUGAGAAAGAAAGAAAAAAACUGUAAUCAACUAGUUAUGCAAAUGUAUUUUAUGUUAUCUCUUUCUUUUUUUUUUCUUUUCUUUUUGUUUCUGAAAGAAUGAAUGUCACUCUUUAUGGAUAUGUCAAUUACCGAGAUGUUAUUGCUCAAUCUCUUUAACGGUAUACAUAUUCUACUUCAAAAAACAAAGUGUAUACAUGUCAAAGAAUAAUAUGAAACUAAGAGGAUAACAUGAAUCUAUUCAUUUAUGCUUGUAAUGACGUUGAAUGAAUUCAUAUAUGCAAGUGUUAUAAAUAUCUAUGUUAAUAUUGGUUAUCAAUUGUUUACAAAGUCUUUCUCUGAUAUGAUACUUUCUAUCUUUGAUGACUAUUUCUUUUGCUUCCUAAUUAAAUUAGCUAUUUAUUUAUGGUACACAUUGCGCACAUAGAUCUAGACUAUUACAGUGUAUGUGAAGAAACACUUUUCAAGAAUAUACAUAUAUAUAUAUAUCUUGAACUAGAAAAGAUGAUUCCUAUACCAUGAAGAUAAUUCUUAACUUUUUGUUUGAUUAAUUCAACUAACAAUUUGUUCAUCUAUAUUGGUAUGCUUUAUUUUAAACCUUUGAAGAAUUUCUUUAGUAGUCUUUCGUUGUCAUUAACGCUAUUUCUUCAGUUGAACAGAAAACAUUCUAUGUCUUUUUCUGUUCGUUUCGAUGUUGACUACUUAUUCAUUUUGUAUUACUUAAAGUUAAGAAAAAGAUCAGCUUUCUUGAAUAUAUGCAAAUACUCAUUUACACGUAAUACAAUACCAUUGCACAUUUAGUAAACUCAUAUUGAAUUCACAUUUGAUUUGAUUUCUGUGUGUGUGUGUGCUUUAUUUUUUCCCAACCUCUUAGAAGAUUGUGCUAAACCUACUGUGUUCAUGAUGUUGAUGCAUUUUCUUUUAGUUGGUUCUUGUUACCACCUCCUUUUUUUGUUCUCAAACAAACAAACAAAAAAAAAAAGAAAGUUGCGUCUUUCUCUUCUUUUGGCUAAAUUUUAUUUGCUAAUCUUACUUUUAUCUGUUAUUCUUAUUGUUAUUGUUGUUGUUGUUGUUCUUGUUGUUGUCUAUUUUGAUUGUUAACUUAUAUGAAUACUGAACAAACAAAAAAAAAGAAAAGAAAAUAGAGAAAUAUAAUUAUCAAAAUAAUAAAGAAAAAAAUAGUCAGAGAAUAAUGAAAAAAAAGCGCGUUUUUUUUUCUUUUUGUUUUAUACAAAAAAAAUUUAAAUCGAAUGCCAAAAUGCGGUUUUUAUUUCUUUAUCAUUUAUAUUGAUCAAUUGAAAUGUUACUGCAAACCUUUCAACUCAUUUAUCAUUAAAAGACAUAUUCACUUGG